CUUCAGUUUAUCUCUCCUCCCUAAAUUUCCCCGGAGACCCUAGUUUCUCCGAUUUCAACCGUGAAAAUCAAUCACGCCGGUUGAGAUUUCUCGAUGGGAAAGUGGAACAAUCGAUCCAGAUUCAACCGUCGCAGAUCUCCUUCGCGAUGGUAUAGCGACCGACAUUCUUCUUCCUCUUCUGGUUAUGGUGAAGACGAUGGGAUUCCAGUAUGGGAGAAGAGAUUCUGUGAGGUGAUUGGAUCAGUGCCAUGGCAAAAAGUUGUUGAAGCUAGUGACUUCAAGAGCUGGUACCAAGGUAAUGUAAUCACUUGGGAUGAUUCUGCUUGCCUAGAGACUUUUAACAAUGAGAAAAAACGAUUUUGGUCACAACUUAAUGGCCUCCAUUGCGAUAUUUCUCUUCCUGAUCCGGAUCUUUACAUUAGUGAAGUAGACUGGGACGAUUUUAUUGACCCGGAACUGAUCUGGGAUUUAGAAAGUGCUUACUUUGCUCCUCCUGAUGAGGACAAGAUUGGUUUGAAACGAGGGCGUCGAGAAAAGAGUUGGAGUGGUUGUAACCUGGUGCCCAUUGAAGAGACUCGUAUGUUGAAUAUUCCUUGGGAAGGCAGUGUUUCGGGGAAGAAAACGAAUGGCUGGAACGUUUCAGAGAGUAGUACUGACCAUCCAAAAGAUAGUGCGAGGCAUUGGGAAGCUAAGCCUAGUUUUGGAAACGAGAAAGAAAAUGAUACUACAUCUGUGGAUUGCUUGAGGACUGAGGAACGGAGGGAGAUCCAGUGGAAAACCAAAGAUAAUGGUGAUGAAAGGUGGGAGAACUCGGGCCAUGGAAACGAGGGAUGGGAUAAGUCAGGACAUCAAAACAAGAAGGCGAAAGGGUUUGAAAGUGUCCCAGCAGAAGAGUAUGAAAUGCACGACAAUCCUUGGGAAGCAAAGCCUAGUUGUAGAAAGGAGACAGCAGAAGAUACUACUUGGGGAGGUUGCUCUGGUCAGGUGUGGGAGGAUAGAGGUUGGGGCAGUGGUGGUAAAUGGAGAAACCGAGAUUUGGGAAAUGAAGUUAUGGAGAUGAAGGAGUGGCCUAGUACGAGAUAUAGUCAGGAUUAUAGGGAGCCAAAGAGUUACAACCCAUGGAGAGCUGGCUCUGUGCCUGACAAUACAACUAGGAGAGAUUAUGGAGCAAAUGCAGGCGGUUGGCAAACACGUAAAGCGAGUGAGACUAAUCGAAGAAACUGGGAUGUGAACCAAUCAAGUGAUGGUUGGGGUAGGCGAAGUAGAGAAAGAUAUAACUCGUCUGGCUACAAUUCUAACUACAGAAACUCCAAGGCCUAUAAGAGAUGGUAAUCAGAACAGGAAGGUCAAUUUCUCAUCUAAGUAGAUGAAAUGAUCCAUUGUUUUUUGUAUGGAUGUCUUCUUGUGUGUUGAUGUCUUAGUUUAAGCUGGGUCAUUGAUCCAAAGGUUUCUCCUUCUUCUUUUUUGGGUCAAAACAAAGGUUUCUCCUUCAAAAUCAACAUAUGUAGUGUGUAUAUACGAGUACGAGUACCCUUUUUUAAUGAUGAUGUUUCAUACUAAACUAUUCAGAGUUUUUGCCUCUGGGA